AUCAUUGGUAAUGCUUGAUCGCUUGUCAAACACCUUCUUCCCUCCCCCAUCUCAGACCAUAACUGCUUUGCGCAUUGGCGAGACGACUCACCUCAGGCCAGAGUGCGACCCAAAGCUGCUCGUUUCUUGAUACUUGCGACUCAGUUGGCUCGCUCUUCUCUCUCUCUCUCUCUCUUGGUGUCUUUGUUCGGCUCUCUUCAAGCUCCGAGAGCACCACCAAAAAAGUCUCUCGCACUUGCAGCAAUCUCAACGACUCUUCACACGCAUCAUGUCGACCACCACAGCAAGCAAUGGCCAUGUGCCCACAGGUCCUCGUCGAGGAGGCUACUCACGUCGCGGUGGAGGGCGACAAGGUGGAGGAGGGGGCGGUGCAGGCAAUGCUGCUCAGGUGUUUGCUGACGACACAGACGAGACUCGUGCACUCAGACAGAAAUACGGCGAUAAGCUAGGCUUGCUCAAAGAACUCUUUGCUGAUUGGUCGGAUGAGGAUCUCCUCUCAGUACUUUCCCAGUCUGGCGGCGAGAUCGAGCUCGCCGUCGGUCGUAUUAGUGAAGGCCACGCGGAACAAUUCUCCUCAGUGAAAAGCAAAAACGCGCGCAAGAAGGAGACCUCUGGCCCUGCUAUCAGCGGCUCUAACGGAGCCUCUACUCCGGCGGCGCCAGCUGGCAGACACGCAAGCAGAGGAAGUGGGCAUGCGUCUAGUGAUAUCUCGACCCGUGGUUCUCGAGGCGGCUCUGCUGGACGUGGAGCGAGAGGUGGAUCACGUGGCGGCAUGCGCGGUGGAGGAAGAGGAGGCGGUCCCGCACCUCAAUCGAAUGGUCAUCUGGCCACAUCUUCAACUGACGACUUUCCGACCGCAACGGCUCCCACGAGCACUGGUCCCAGCUGGGCUCAAGCCAUCGCUGCGGCACAGAAGAAGCCACCUACUGCCACUGCGGCUCCUACGGUUCUCGAGGAAGUGGCAGAGGGUGCCGCGCAGUCUGCUCCAGAAGCUGUGGUGUCAGAAGCUGCAGCUCCUGCUAUCGAAAGCACAUCCUGGGACGACGACGUUCCAGAGCAGCCCGUUGCCGUAGUCGUGGAGAAGGAUGACGCAAAAGGGGAGGUCGGUGCGAUCAGGGCUGGAAGUAAGAUCAUUCCAAAGGGUUCGAAGAUGAGCUGGGCGCAGAUCGCAAGGCCUGCCGAGCCACCCAAGCCUAAGCCUGCGCCGGCUCCUGCCCUAGUCGCCGCCGCUGUCUCGGACCCUGUAGAAGCCUCGGAGCCGAUUGAAGCUGUGAUGAACGGAGAGACGAUUCUCCCUACGACUACAGAUAGCACCGCAGAGCCGGUAGUCGAGACUAUCACGACCACAGUUGUGGAAGAAGCGCCGCUCGAAGAGGUCGCGACCACUUUCGAGCCUGCGAAUCACUCAGUCGUCACCACCGAGGUCGUCACGCAAGAGCAGGAACCCGAGAUUGCUCCCAGCCAGCCCAUUGUUUCCUUGCCGCCAAGUGCGGAACCUGCAGCGCAGCCGGCGGCGGUUGCGGCAAAGCCGGGCUAUGGAAGAUCUGGAUUGAGUCAGCGAGCCAUUCAACGGUCCCGGCAAGACGUGCCAGUUGCAGUCUCGGGAGACCGCAAAUUGGACAGUCUGGGUAUGCAAUUCGGCAACAUCAGCUUUUUGGGAGCUGAUGAUGAGGCGGAGGAAGCCCCCGCUCAAGUCGCGGAACCGGCAGCCGCUGCGCCAGUGCAGCAGAGUGACUUUGAGGCUGCUCAACCUAAGCCAGCUGAACUUGACCCGGCGAUCGUCGACUCUCGUCUGAGCGCACAAAGGUCUGCACAGGCAACUCAGGCCCCAGCAGCUCCGACUCAGCCCGCUCAAGCGCCACAGCAAACGCAGGCAACUGCUGCACCGCAAGAUGCAUUCUCCCAGUCUGCCACAAACGCGUAUGAAGGCUACAAACCAGACAGCUUUUCGUCACCUGCGCAAGGUUUCAGUCAGGGAGGAUUCGCUCAGCAGCAGGCCCCUCAGACUCAACAGCAACAACAGGCUCCACAGCAGCAGCAGGCACCCCAGCAAGCCCAGCAACACGACCCUUACGCGGCGUACGGCGGUCUGGGAGGCCAGCAACAAAGUCAGCAGGCGGGUUACCACAACCAGUAUCAAGACUAUUACGGUGGCCUCGACUCCCAAAGAUUGGCUUCCCUGUACGGUGGCUAUGACCAGAACACCGCGAGCAACGCAUUCGGCGCGCGACAGAGCGACGACCGAACGCAAAGCACUGCUCAACAUCAGUCUGCUCCACAGGCCCAAGCAUCGAGCACUGAUCAGCAGGGCUCUCAAGCCUCUAUUGCGCCGGGCGGUCUGCAGGGCCAGCAGGGUCAGCAUGGUCACCAACCCUCUCAAACUCACGGUCAGCAAGCGCCACAACAGCAUGCUGCCGGUGGUCCACAGCAACAGCAGCAGCAACAUCAACCGCAGCCACAACCCCAACAGCAGUACCCUGGCAUCAUGCCAUACUACUAUCCGCAUUACUACCUGCCAAAUCAAUUCCAGCAGCACUACGGGCAACCGACUGCUGCAGGUUACAACCAGUACUUGUAUGGUGGAGCAGCGGCCGCACAGCAGCCGCACAAGCCUGGAACGCCCGCUUCGCUGCAAUCUCCUUACUCGACUGGACCUGAAAGUGGCUACGGCUCGCAGAGCGGCUACGCGCAAUCGCCAGCCACUUCCCUGGCUGGUGCGAGCGCGUACGACAGCCAAGCUGGCGGAUUUGGUCAGCGUGGUGUGCCUACUCACGGCGCCAAUUCCGACUAUUCCAAGAUCUACGGUGGAGGUGGUUCCCUGCCCGGCCUUGGCGGCUUUCUAGGCGGACCUCCUUCACAAGGUCUGGGCAACGCCAAUGCCAACGGCACCUCUGGUGGCGGUGCUUCAGGAACGCCACAUGCUCAGCCCCAACAAUCUGCCGGAGCUCAGGGUCAGAACAAGGUGAACGCUGGUCAGUCGAGCGGUCUGGAUGCCUACCGCGGCUACGAUGGAAAGCCGUCGGGCGGGGCUAGCGCUGCUACGGGUGCCAAUGCUGUUGGUCGAGGCCCGCCACCUCAUCAGCUGCAGCAGCAACAAGGCCAGCAACACACUCCUCAGCAACAGCACCAGGGAGGCUAUUACCAGCAGCAGUACAGCGGUUAUGGUCAUCAGCCUACUGGCUCUGCCAACUACGGCGGUGGCUACGGCUACGGCAACCGUCAGUACUGGGGCCAGUAGAGCUUGUGGAGGUACGGGCCACGUCCAAGCUGAUCGUUGGACGUCGAAGCGGUCGCGCUCCAAGCUUGUGCGUUUCCAAAGUCUGAAACAAGCCCACCUUUAGCAGGCAUGUAAUAGCUCCCUUUCUUUCUCCCCAAGAAAAAGAUUCAAGGAGCAAAAAAAUCGCAUUAGUCUGCUUGCGCGCAGCGUUUCUUUGCAUUUGAACCCCCACAAAAUCAUGCUUUCUUGACGCCCACCCAGCUCUUAUUUUGUGUGCUUGCCUACUUCAGCGUCUGUGAACGAGUAGCAGGGCAGCGUGACACUUCGAGAUUCGAUGCAGUUG